AUGGUGGAAUCAGCAUCAGGAAAUGACAGACUCUCUUUGUUGGAUGAAUAUAAAGGUUACAAUCAAAUUCCUUUAGCUGAAGAAGACCAAGAACAUACUGCCUUUUACGCACCAAGAGGAUUAUACUGUUAUACAAAAAUGCCAUUUGGAUUGAAAAAUGCGGGUGCAACAUAUCAUAGAAUGGGUUUUGUUAUUGGAAAUCAUGGCACAUCAUUUUUUACAAUUUUGUCUGUGUACGAAUUUGAAAAUAUGUACCCUAAAAUAAGCAUUGCUAGAGUGUGGGAGAUCAAUGCCUUUUCUCUUUAUUUGAAAGUGAACCCAAAGAUCACAAGGGCAACUAAUCCAUCUUGCGCUUAUAAGGCUGUAUAG